AUGUCCUUCAAGCCGUCGCAGCUACAACGUCAAAAGUGGCGCGGGUUGGCGCAGCUGGCAUUUCAGUUUUAUUCGAUCAGCUCUUUUCAGUUGUGCUUGUUUCCAUUGCACUUUGCUUUUGGGGUAAGUGCAGACUGUUGGCGUUGUCAUCGAAGCCCGAACCAGAGAUUUCUGACCGAUUCGUGCUUUAUCCGUUCUGACAGUAGGCUUCGGCUUGGUGUUGCUAUUGCAGUCCAUCAGCCGUCAGCAGCUCCACCAGAGCUGGUGAAAUGGCAUGCAUGCCCUGCGAUGCAGAUUUCGUUUCCCCAUGUGCCAAAGAAGAGAGGGUGCCGUGAGACAGAAGUCUUUCAUGCCGCGGAUAGCACGCGCCGGAGCGACUUUGCCAAGGCUGACCGCGGCCAGCCCUACUCAUUGCUCCAGCAAGUGCUCGGUAAAGCAACAUUACCCGUCCAACAGUGA